UACAUAAUGGAACAAAGCGGACGGCACGCGUGGGUCGAGCGACGGAGAUGCGUCGCGUACAUGGUGGCUUUGGUCAUGUUUUGGAGCGAAGCUGCGGCUCAGAUCAGGUACUCGAUCUCUGAAGAGGUGAAAGAAGGAAGUGUUGUCGGAAACAUUGCAAAAGACUUGGGAAUCGACAAGGUUACGCUUAAAGAGAGGGAGUAUCGCAUUGUUGGCACCUCAACGGAGCCUCUUUUUCAUUUGAAUCAAGACGAUGGUAUCCUGUAUGUCAGCAGGAAAGUGGACAGGGAGGAGAUCUGCGAACGAAGCAACGCUUGUAUAAUAAACCUUAAAACCGUGCUUGAAAACCCCCUGGAGAUCCAUUACGUGGCCAUAGAGGUGCUGGACGUAAACGAUCAUUCCCCCGUAUUUCCAGAGAAAGAGAAACGACUUGAAAUAUUUGAAUCAACAUUACCGGGAGCGAGAUUUCAGCUUCAAACUGCACGGGACCCAGACGGUAGUCAGUUUUCUGUACAGCAGUAUAAACUAAGUCACAAUGAUCACUUUCGUUUGGAAGUUAAGGAGCGAGGCGAAGACCGUAAGAUGCCCUUUCUGGUUUUACAGAAGCAGUUAGACAGGGAGGCUAUGAGAGAACACAGGCUGCUGCUUACAGCUGUUGAUGGUGGGAAGCCAGCGAGGUCCGGAACAAUAGAAAUACUGAUUGAAGUACUUGAUGUUAAUGACAACUGGCCAGUUUUUACACAAGAUGUGUAUUCUGCGGUGUUAAAUGAAAAUGCGCCCCCUGGGACACUGGCUAUUCAGGUUAAUGCGACAGAUUUGGAUGAGGGCGCAAACGGCGAAAUUGUUUACUCAUUUGGUAAAGAAGUGGAUGUUAAUUUGCAAAAACUAUUUUACAUUGACUCAAAGACAGGCGAAAUUAAAGUGACCGGUGAAAUUGAUUUCGAAGAAAAUCAAAACUAUGAAAUUGACAUACAAGCCUCCGAUAAGGGCACUGUCCCUUUAUCCACGGACAAAACUGUGAUCAUAAAGAUAAUCGACCUUAACGAUAACGCUCCCGAGAUUGAAGUGACAUCAUUUUCCAAAUCAGUUCCUGAGGAUUGUAGAACUGGAACAACAGUAGCUUUGAUCAGUGUGAAUGAUUUGGAUUCAGGCCCCAAUGGAAAAGUUUCCUGUUUCAUACGUGAGGCCGUUCCUUUCGCUAUAUCUCCAUCUUUGCAAGACAAUAUGUAUGCCAUAGUGACUAAAUCACUGCUGGACAGAGAAGAAAAGUCUUUCUAUGGACUCACAGUUGUUGCAAAGGACACUGGUGAGCCAUCACUCUCAUCUGAAAAGACAAUAGCUGUGGUUGUAUCAGAUGUGAACGAUAACAGACCUCAGUUUUCACUCAGUCCAUAUACAUUCUAUAUUACUGAAAAUAAUGACCUAGCAGCACCGUUAUUUUCAGUUAGGGCAUCUGAUCCUGAUGAUGGGGAUAAUGCACAUAUUGUAUAUCACAUUUGCUCCCUGACAGGAGACGUACUUCUGAAGAGGUAA